UUGAUCUCUUUACUAGUUUUGCUCUCUUGUUCUUGUUCUCUCAAAUGAGAAACGAGCUCUCUUGUCUUCUCCAUCGAUCAAUUGUUGAUCUACUAUAAUCCUUUAACACCUACUAGCAUAGGGUUAAAGAGAUUCCGUCAUAGGUGGCGUGGACUAUUUUUAGAGGGAAGACACUUGUGUUCCUACCGUGACGAUAACCGAACACCGUUCACUUUGUCAAGCAAUUAGUAGCCGUUUCCACUGUUGGUUUGGAACGGGGUUCGUUCUUGAGAACGUUCAAUCACCUACAUUAAACAGAGUGCACCAAAAGGUUGAUAUCCUAAACAAUUCAAUUUACUCUUUUUUGCAUGAGAUCUGCGUCGUAGCAGCAACUAGACGGGCGAUUUGAUCGCUAAUUACAGUAUUAUAUUGUAAUUUAAACUCUAAUUUCAGCUGCGUUUUACGUCUCAAGGGCUAUAGAAAACUAAUACGUCUAAGGUAAGCUUUAGUAGUGAAACAGACCACUAGAAGAAAGAUUGAGCAAAAUUAAAAAAUAAAGGCAAAUUUGAUCAUUGAAAGGCCAUCGAAGAAUCAAAUAUAGUUGAAUAUGAUGAAAACUCAGGGAUGGUUUGGUUGUGUUUUCAAUGGGAUUUUUCUCACUUUUUACUGUUUGAGAAUGUGGGAAUGUGUUUGUUUUGUACCUUUUUUAGUGAGAAUGCAUUCCCAAUUCAUUUCUCAAUUUCAAAUUUAAUAGGUCAAAUAGGCUUGUCAUAGUUGUCUUUUCUUGUCAGCCACUAUUUGCUUCUUUCCCAUCAAUUAAAAUUGGUUUUCUCUCUCAACCAUUCCUUUCAAUGGACUUCUCAAAUAAAACCAGCUCUCCUCCUCCUUCUUCUUCCCCUGAAACUCACCCACGGAUCCAUCCGUUUUUUACGAACGUCGAGUCGUGUGGUUCGAACAACAUAACUUGCCGGAAGAGAAAGCGCGGCACUCGAACGAAGAUGAGUCGAAAGGGGAAGGAGGCAUGUAAUACGUCUUCGGAUCCAAAGUCACGGACUGACGAUGCUUGGUGGGAUAUGCCACAGGUGUCAUUGCUCAUCGAAUUAAUGUAUGAGCAUUUCAAGAAAGGACACCUUCUGUCAUCAACAUUUAGUGAGCAAAUUUGGCGUGAGAUCGGGAAUGAAUUGUCCCAACGUAAUAAAACACAAUACAUAGUUGCGCAGCUUAAAGGUAAGGCUAACAGGUUUCGAAUGCUUUGGCGUAAGUUUUACGAUUUGGUGUACAAACGGACUGGUUUUGGUUGGGACCCAACAACGUGCACCGUGACUGCAUCAGAGGAUCGUUGGGCUGAAUGGAUCGCGGCUAAUCCGAGAGAAUCUGGCUUGAAAAAGAAGGGUCUUCCUCAUUUCGAUUUAUGUACUGAGAUGUUCUCAUCUUCUGUGGCCACUGGUAGCCAUGCCCGUUCUUCUGCCAUGCCUCCUGUAUCCAACAAUGACAAUGAUGACGUUGAUGUAAGCUACCCUACAAUGGCUACUGGUAAUCCACUUGAAUCCGGGCCCGAGCAAAUUCCAACAGCAAGAAGAGGUCGGCAGCGAAAAGGGGAGCAAAGUGAUCGGUUGAAGCGAGUUGAUAAAUGCAUUGAUGCCAUAACCGCUUGCAGUGAAGUCAAAACUCAGAAGCUGACAAAUGUUAUGAACGAUAAUAUUGGAGAAUGUCAUCGAGCGGGCGUAAUGUCAACGUCACUCAACAAUCGGCAAGCCCAUUCACCAAAAGAGUUAUUUAAUCAACGUCACUCACAGUUGCGUAAUGUCAUCGAGCGGGCGUUUGAUGUGCUAAAGAACAGAUUCCCAAUUCUGAAAGGACCUAUGCCGCCAUACAGCUUAGAUCGUCAACGAGAUCUUGUCAUCGCAUGUUGUGUGAUCCACAACUUCAUACGGAAGUUUGGCAUAGAUGACCAAUUUUUUGAACAUGGGGAACGGGGAGAGUUUGACGAUCUCGACAAUGAAGCAAAUGACCAGUAUCGUCGUUUGCCUCAACAAUCGCAACAAGACAUUGAUACGCAAGCGGCAUUCCGCGAUGCAAUGGCCGGUCAUUUGUGGUCUGAUCGAGAUACCGGUAACGACAAUACUGAUUAAAUUUUUGUAUUUGCAAAUGGGGUUGAGGAUUAA